AUGCAUCGGCUACACACAACAACAACAUCUACCACGCAUCGCCAAUGCGCCGCCAGCCUCGUCGCAGCUGCGAGCAUGAGCAUGAGCAUGAACAAGGCAGGAGUGCCAGACGCUUGGGAUGACGACUGGGUCAAGACGGCGGAUAAACCAGAAUCCGCCGCAGAUCAACUCGAACCCGUAGCGAAACUCACCAAGUCGGAGAAGAGAGCGCAACACGCGCAGCUGCAGCGCCAGCUGUGGGACACUGCUGAGAACCCCGGCCGCAAUCUCUGGCUCGAGGCCCAAGGCGCAGUGCCGCUUCAGCAGGCGCCAAAACCACAGGUCACUCUGCUGAGUCGCAAGCCACCUGCCAUUGCGAAGAAGGAUGCCGCAGAUGGUGUCGCAGGCCUGGCACUCGACGACGGAGAUGAUAGCGAAGACGAAGCACGAAAGAAGCGCGAAGCAGAUUUUGAGGAGCGGCAGCGCAAGGCCAAAUCAGAGCGCGAAGAAAAGCAGAAACGUUAUGCGGAGGCCAGAGAGCGCAUCAUGGGAUCGGGUAACGCAUCGCCUGCCGCCAACUCGAGAGAGGGAUCACAGGGGCGCGACAAUCGUCGGUCACGAGGAAACAAGACAAGUGGUGCAAGACGAAGCCAACCAGACUCCCCAGCCGACCGGUCGCCUCCUCGAGCUGAGAGUAAGGAUCCCGGACUUUUCGACCCCGAUGAUAUGAGCAGACGUCUGGCAAGCAAGCAAGAAUUGAAAACAUCCUUCAGGGAAGAUCAGCCCUUGCGACAGCCCCGCGGACCUGACAAUACUGGCUGUGGCGGCUUUGGAUUUGCUGGACGUGGUGGUUGA